UAUCCUGACUGUUGGUAACUCCACUAGAAAUGAGAGUGGAUUGGAGGGGUUAAAUUAAUUUUGUUUUGUGUGGAUUGGUUUGAGGAAGGAUUGGAAGCUCUGGUGGUGUGUAUAGUUAGUUAGCGUCAGAGUUUGGUAAGCACCGUACAAGCAGUUUGGAGGAGAAUUGGAGAAAGAAGAAUAACAUAGAGCGAAGAGAAUAUGUGUGUGUGUGUUUGGCUUUGCCUGCAGUGGGAGGGUGCGUGCGUGAAACGGUGACCCAGACACACAAGCAAACACUUGUUACUUGAGGCCGGUUAAAUUACUUGACCAGCAGUUUGCUGGCUAAUACAUAGUACUAGUAGUAGUAUAUUGGUGGUGUAUGCAGAUGCAGUUUUUUUUUUUUUGGGUGAGAUGAGAGCUAUGCAGAGGCAGUAGGCGUGCGUAAUUCAUCUUGCUCCUAAUUCCCUUCCAAAUGCAAUUGCGCUUGAUGCAUGCAUGCUGGCGAUUCCUUGCACAUAUCUGCAUGCACGUAGACGCACGCUUAGGCUUGUUAGUUUUUAGGUUGCUUGUGAAAUAAACAUGGAAUAAUCUUGUGCAUAAAAUGCAGGCAUGCACGCUAGCUAUAUCUUAGCUGCAGCUGAAGAAGAAAUGAGCUAUAGUAGAAUAAGCUUAAGAUUUACCUUUUUCUUUCAGGCAGGCAGGCAGGCAGGGCGGCUGGGUUUGUUGCUUGCUUGCACUGUUGGAAGAUCCAUCAUCGAUCUUUGUUAAUUUGUUGGGUAGGGUAGGCGAGAGGAGGCGGAUAGAUAGCUAGAGUAUAUGAAUAAUAUGAGGACGACGAUGCGGCGGCCGGAGAUGGUGUUCUUCGACGUGGAGACGACGGCGGCGUCGGCGGAUGAGGGGCAGCGUAGUGUGCUGGAGUUCGGGGCCAUCGUGGUGUGCCCCCGGAGGCUGGUGGAGGUGGACAGCUACCACACGGUGAUCCGGCCGGGCGACAUGUCGGCGGUGUCCAAGAGGUUCGCCGCUAUGGUGGAUGUGGACGUGGCGUCGGCGCCGAGCUUCGAUCAGGUGGCGGAGCGCAUCUUCGGCGUGCUGGACGGGCGGGUGUGGGCGGGGCACAACAUCCAGCGCUUCGACUGCCACCGCAUCCGCGAGGCGUUCGCGGCCAUCGGGCGGGCAGCGCCGGAGCCCGUGGCCAUCGUCGACUCCCUCAACGUGCUGGCCCACGACUUUGGGCGCCGCGCCGGCGACCUCAAGAUGGCCACCCUCGCCUCCUACUUCGGCAUCGGCAAGCAGAGCCACAGGAGCCUUGACGACGCCCGCAUGAACCUGGAGGUGCUCAAGCGCUGCGCCACCCUCCUGCUGCUCGAGUCCACCCUUCCCCCGGGCAUGCUGCACUCCUCCGCCGCCGGAUCCAUCACCAGGAAGAGGAGCAACCACCAAGAGGAGCCAUCGUCGUCGUCUCUUGUCAAUGUGACGCCUAGUAAAAGGAAGCAGCGGCAGGGCAGCGGCGGCAAAAUCAGGCCCAAGGCAGCAACCACCACGCCCAAGCCAUGCUUCCACAUGAUCCUCAGGCACUCCAGGACCAUCCUCAGAUAGCCCUUUGCUUUGCUGCUAACUCACUCACUCUUUCAUUGCUCCAUCCAUUGGGGUUUAGUUCAUUCUUCUUCGUCAAUUGUAUUCUAUAUAUGUCUGUAAUUCUCUACUGUAUAUACACUUCCUCCCUCCCUCUGUACAAGUCUUGUCUUGUCUAAUUGUAAACAAUACAUCCAUUAACUUCAAGUUGCAAACAUUCCUUCUGAAGC